CGGGAACUAGACGAGGAAAAUAGAGCACGUUCUAAUGCGAGUUAACAAUUGCGUAUAAACUGAUCUCAAGUGGAUGUCAGUAUAUAAUUGACAUAAGACGGGACCACUUAGAUACAAUCCUGUCAACCCUCUACACAUGACAGCCUCUGUUUUACCGUACCAGUCACCUAGAGUAUAACCUUACGACUGGCGUCUUAUCAAACAAUUGUAUUCCAACAACUAACUUUGGCCACAUCAACAAUGGCGGACAAUACUAACAUAUCUACAAAUAUAACUGGAGGUACGGGAAAUGUUACUGAUGGACAAAGCUUUACCAUCGAGGAGCUCAAUGAUAUGUACAUCAAACAGAAAAUAGGAGGCAUUGUGUUUGUAACUUUGUUGAUGAUCAUUGGAGUGAUAGGAAAUGCGCACGUCCUCUAUUUGUUUGCUUUUAAAUUCCCAAAGACGAAUCAUCGUAUUUACAUCUUGAGCCUGGCAGUGCUGGAUAUGAUCACGUGUUCCGUUGGCAUGCCUUUUGUUAUCGUGGAUCUCCAAAAUACCCUGACUUUUGAGUCAGCUAUUUUGUGUAAACUACUCCGGUUCGUGAACUAUUUCAAUUCCGGAGGAUCCGCGUUCACACUGGUUGUCAUAGCAGUCGACAGAUACAAGAAGAUAUGCAACCCUCUUGGAAAGCAAAUGAAUGAACGUAUGGCCAAGAUCGCAUGCUGUAUCGCCUUAUCUAUAUCACUGAUGAUAGCCUGGCCUGCUCCGGUGUUGUACGGGAAGAGCACAGUAGAUACCAGUGUUGAUGGAAUAACCGGCGUAGCUUGCUUCACAGAGGACAGGUUCAAGAAGACAAAAUAUCAAUUAUAUUUUAAUAGUGUUUUGAUAUUGGUAGUGUUUGGAUCAUUUGUGACGCUAAUUGUUCUUUAUGCAUUAAUUGGAAGGCGAAUUUUGAAACAGAGCAAGAAGAGAACAAAGAUGUUGAAUCCAACAGUUUCGGGAACAACUGCAGUGGUGGAACCAACAUCAAGCUCAAACUCCGGAUCAGGUACAGAUAACUCUAAUGACACUUUGUCUACUGAUGCUGUAAUAUGCACGAGUAGAUCGACAAGUACUGAUGAGAUAUCCAAGACGGACACUUUGCAGAUGACAGCAACGCAGCAACACAAUGAGACAGCUAAAAAGACUCCUUCGGGUAACAAGUCAAGAAGCAAUAUAGACGCUAAGAAAAAUGCGCACGCAAAGAAAACAAAGAGAACAACGUUAAUGCUUUUCAUUAUCACAUUGGUGUUCAUCAUAAGUUUUGCUCCUCAUUUAGCACUCAAAAUAACUGUGUUCCUUAAUAAGAAAUUUCUUGCCAGCCGAACAUUUGCAGAGCUGUUUUUGUACCACACAUUCGUGUGGUCUUUUUUUAUUAACAACAUGGCCAAUCCAAUCAUUUACGGAUUUUGCGAUCCACGUUUUCGUCGAGAGAUCAGGAACAUGUAUGGACAUUUGCUUCGAAAGCAAUACAAGGCAAGCGUUGUAUGAAAGUUUAACACAACAUAGCACGUUCAUAAUGACGCCAAGUGAUAGUGAUGUAAUGAUAGUUGGUUUUGAAAAAGAACGCAAAUUAUAUUUGCAUAAAUUGCAAUAGUGAUGUACUAUAUUAGCUGAGACUCGCAACAGUAUCGCAUCGUGUAUGCUUAUAUUUGUAUGUAUUAUAUUGUUAUAAGAUAAAUGAACUACUAACAAUAGUAUGCAUCACAACAUCAAACUACAAAAUUAUCCACAUAAGGAAUUUGCAUAAUAUCUACCAGGAAACGUUCUCUAAUUGAAAUAUAUCACCAGAAUGUAUGAAAUUGACAUCAAGAUUCCAGUCCUAUAAUAUCACAUGCAACUAUAUAUAGUGAUGAUGUUCUGUCAUAAGAUAACAACAACUUGAAGAAUUGUAUAUUUAAAUUUCGUUUAAUCUUAACAAUUUGAAAAUAAAUAUACCAAAUAAAAACAGCUUCAUAUUUCA